AUGUCGGUGCUGCUGAUACACGACCCGGAAAUCAAAGAGCAGGGCGCCGCCCAAGGAGCCGGCGGCAUGGAGGGCUCCGACAUGGAGACGGACGAGGGGGCGGCCGCCGGCAGCGGCAGCGGCGAAUGGGAGACGCUGAGCAGCAGCGGCGAGGGCGGGACCGGCGAGGGUGAGGACGAAGAGGAGGACGAGGAGGAGGACGAGGGCGAAGAUGAGGAUGAGGAUGAGGGCAUGGGUUCUGGCAGCGACGAGGGGGAGGAGGGCAGCGGCAGCGAGGGCAGCUCCGACGAGGGGGAAGACGGCGAUGGCGGCGGCCGCGGGCGCGGGGGCAAAAAGAAGGCCGCCACCGAGGCCCCCGGCGCGAGCAAGAAGGCGGCGGCCGCGAUGGCGGUCGGCGUGGGCAGCUUCAGCGACCCGCGGGAGGUGCAGGGGCUGAGCCACUACCUGGAGCAUAUGCUGUUCAUGGGCAGCGAGGCGUUCCCGGAUGAGAACGAGUAUGAUGCGUUUUUAUCGAAGCACGGCGGCAGCUCUAACGCCUACACGGAAUUGUGA